AUGUCACAGAAGGAAAUAUCGCAGAAUUCUAAUAGAAGAAGCUCUAAAUAUGAAGAUGAGUUGAGCAACGAUGCCCCGUUUGAAAUUUCAUCACAUCAGUUGGAGUCAAGUACAACUUUAACAGAUGUUCAAAUGAGUAACCUUCUACAAAGGCAUUCUUCUCAUCGUCGUGAUAGGUCGAGAGAUCAUAUGUUUUAUUCUCAUUUGACACAACAAUCAUACUCUCUCAACAGAAACAGUCUUCUCGAUUCCAUUACCGUGGUCAGGCCUUUGAUCAACGAUUUGAUCACUGAAAAUAAUCAAAGAGCCAUCUAUAUUCCAGAGCAUUCUGAAUCUUUGGACGUAUUGGAACUUAAAGUCAAACUAGAUGGUAGGGAGAAUAUGCAACUUGAUAAGAGUGCUUUGGCGCAGUUAUUCAAAACACAAGCGUUAUCUGCGAUUGACCAUUUGAUUAAUUUACAAACUCGUGUACAGGAUACUUCUUCAAAAGUUUUCAUAACAGGCGAUUUGAACUCAGGAAAAUCUACGUUAUGUAACGCAUUUUUGAGAAAGAAGGUUUUGCCUGAGGAUCAAUUGCCUUGUACCAAUGUAUUCUGUGAAAUUUUAGAAGCGAGAGAGAACGGAAAUAUGGAAAGAGUCCAUGCCAUUCCCAAGACCGUGGCAACUAACGUUAAGGAUGCAUCCGUAUUAUACGACAUGAGAGACAGAUCGACUUAUGAAGAUUAUACUCUCGAUAAGCUAGAUCAAUUGGUUUAUGAUAAUGAUCACUAUAUCUUGUUGAAGAUAUAUAUUAAAGAUGAUAAAAGGCCGGUUGACUCUAGUUUGUUGAGAAACGGAACUGCAGAUAUAUCUCUUAUUGACUCUCCUGGGCUUAAUAUGGAUUCAGUGAAAACAACUGAAGUGAUGUCUAGGCAAGAAGAGAUUGAUCUUGUAGUAUUUGUCGUCAAUGCCGAAAAUCAAUUAACAUUAUCUGCUAGAGAAUUCAUUACUAUGGCUUCAAGGGAGAAGAAAUUAAUGUUCUUCGUGAUCAACAAGUUUGAUCAUAUCAAGGACAAAGACAGAUGCAAGAAGCUGAUUCUAGAUCAGAUCAAGGAAAUUUCUCCAGAAACUUAUAAGCAGAAUAGUGAAUUUGUACACUUUGUUACCAGUCAUGGUAAAAUACCCCAUGAAGGCGAAAAUCGCCCUGAUGGAGGAGAUGACCCAAAUGGAGACAUGCCAAACCCUCCAAAAGAAGAUCCUGAUUUCGAUAAAUUAGAGGACAAUUUGCGUAAUUUCGUCUUCAAGAAAAGAUCACUCUCGAAACUUUUACCAGCAAAAACUUAUCUAAUAAAGCUAUUGAAGGAUCUUGAAAGGAUAUCACAAUGUAAUCUUGAAAAAUAUAAAGAGGAAGACUAUCAUUUGAAUGCCCUUCUAAUUGAUUUGCAACCGGAACUCCACGAUGUUACCAAUCGCUGUUCUGAGCUUAUCGAAUCAAUUGAUAAAAUUUGCGAAUUUACCACAAAGGAAGUAUAUGGAUACACAAAAAUGCAAAUUAACAAAGCGUUAAUACUAAAGCCUGCUGAAUUCCCUCCAUAUUCUGGUCUUUCUGGCAUUUAUGACUAUGUUCAACGAGUUAGAACUUUCAUCGUGGACCAAAUUUUAGCCAGCGUACAAGUCAGUGAAGCAUAUGCUAAGAACAGCGCAGAACAAUCAGUUUCUCAAAUAAACGCAUUAGCGAAGGAACAACUAGGUGAUGAAUUUAUGGCGGGCAAGGUUUUCAAGAGUGGUUUGAUGUUCACCAAGAAAAAGCAUAAUUUAAGCAAAAAAUUGAAUAUUCCAUUAGAAUUGCAUAACUUUUUGGAUCCAUCUGUUGAAGGAUUUAUCUCUUACCUAUCCUGGGGUCUCGUUAAACCAACACCGAAAAUUACUAACGAAGAGAAUACUUUGACUACCAAAAGCUCAUGGUCGCAAUCCCUUGCAUUAACAUCAUAUUCUGUUUCACAGUAUUGGACCAACCCAUCGUUAAUCUUUACUUCAAAGAUCCCAACAUUACUGGUCUAUUCCUUUGGGGGUUCUAAAAUGAUAACAAAUAUCGUGCUUCAUGGCUCAAGGUUUUUCUCUUUAGAAUCCUUGAAAAAAUUGUCUGGAUCGUUGAUACUGCUAGGGGGAGUCUUAGGAAUAGCCUAUUUAAUUCACGACUUACCAAGAGCGCUACCGAUGAAGUUAUCCUUGAAAUAUAAGCUACGAUUACAAGAAAUCGAUUAUGCGCAUAAUAACGCUGACCGUAUCUCGAAAGAAGUAUCACAGGUGUUCAAAUACCCAACCAGAGAAGUGGUAAAAGCGUGUGAGUUAAUUGUUGAUAAAAAGACUUCCCAAAAGAAAGAAGUAGAAUGCAAAGUAAGGGAUAACGCAAUGAGUAUUGAAUUUUUCCAGGCGUUAUUAUCCAAGUCACAGAAACAGAGAGGUACUGUGGAAUCGAUCAAUUUGGAAGUAGAUUGA